UGAAUCUGUUAAGAAAGUUUGGAAAUUAAUGUAAAGUAAACAUUAUCGAAUUGAAUUUUGUGAUGAUUAUAAAUGGUACCAAAACUGCUCGUAUGACCAUCGAGAUGCAUAGAAUUAUUCUUAUGAUCUGUGUUUUAUACUUUUCUAAUGUAUUAUGUUUUCCCGAUCCUGGACAGUGGUCAGCAAGUUCUGUUAAAGAAUCAUUUGCAAUAUUUGGUUCUCAUAAACCACUCUAUGGUGGUUCUAGUAUUCAUGUAUCAGUUAAUUGUGAGCCUCAUGCAAUGCAUCAAAAGGUGGAGGUGCAGUGGGUUCUACGGCAGACAUCCUGUUAUGAAGAUUAUUUAGCAUCUGAUGUAUAUACUCAGGAUAUACUCAGACAGUACUUCAUUUGCCCUAUGAGUACAAACUCAUUCCCCAAUAUACGAUUUUUUAUAUCUAAGCCUGUCAUUCUUGAAUGUUCUAAUCGGAUACAUUUAGAAUAUGUGAAUGCUUCAUUUGUUACUUUCACUGAUAAGAUGGAAAUUCCUCCUGAAUGCGAAAAUAGCAUUCUUACUCCAGUUCCAACUGUUUGGAUAGAAGAGAAUAAAAAUACUGAAAACUCCAUUUCUUCUAAAAUUCUUGUCAUAGAAAAAAAUGUUACCAAUGCCCCAUUGGUCACUAAUCAAAGUACUUUUUCAGCAAAUGCAGGUGCCCAAAAUAGAAGUAAGCGUUCAGCAUAUCCUCAAGAUAUAACAUCUGCAAAAAUGAAUUUUGCUCGCAUAAAUAAUAAAAAUGAAUCACUUUCCGAUCAAGAUUCCCUUGGUCAUCUAUAUGGGCCGUUUUCUUCUGCAAGCAGUGUUAAACUUGGAUCUAAACUAACAUCUGUGGAUAUGGAUGGAAUAUAUUUAUUUAUUCUAAAAAUUGAAAGUGUUGAUAAAAAGAUCUUUAAUGUAUCAGUUGACAUAGCAAUGAAAAGCGACUAUGGCUAUCUUUCAGCUGUUGAUUAUCCCUUGCUAAUUUUUUAUGGCGUUAUGUGUGGUCUCUAUGUGAUAUAUGCCAUUGUUUGGUUGAUUUUAUCUGCCUUACAGUGGCGCGAUCUUCUGAGAAUACAGUUUUGGAUUGGAGCUGUUAUAUUAUUAGGACUAAUGGAAAAAGCUGUUUUUUAUGCAGAAUACCAAUCAAUAAAUUUUACUGGUCAAUCAGUCCAAGGUGCUAUUCUUUUUGCUGAAAUAUUGUCAUGCAUGAAGAGAACUCUAGCAAGAAUGUUGAUUAUUAUUGUGAGUUUAGGAUUUGGUAUUGUUAAGCCAAGAUUAGGCCCAACGCUGCAUCGAAUUGUGGGUGUAGGUGCUUUAUAUUUUGGCUUUGGAACUAUUGAAGGAUGUUUACGUGUUCUUAAACCGAAAACCGAUCCAGGAAAUCAAGCAUUGAUGGCUGGUGUACCUCUUGCUGUAACUGAUAGUGGUAUUUGUUGGUGGAUAUUUAGCAGCUUGGUGCAAACAAUUAGAACCCUCAGGUUAAGAAGGAAUAUUGUAAAGCUUCAGUUAUAUAGACAUUUCACGAAUACAUUGAUAAUGGCAGUCAUAGGCUCUGUUGCAUUUAUGACUUGGUCCAUUCAUGCUCACAAAUUAUCAACCUGCAUAACUGAUUGGAAAGAAUUAUGGGUAGAUGAAGCUUACUGGCAUUUCUUAUUUUCAACUAUUCUCUUUGUAAUUAUGAUUUUAUGGCGACCAACAAAUAAUAAUCAGAGGUAUGCAUUCACUCCUUUAUUAGAUGCUAUGGAUGAUGAUGAAGAUGACGAAGAGAAUCUUUUGCCUAAUGAUGCAUUUGCUGGUAUGAAGAUGAGAACUCCGAAAAACAACACAAAUUCUCCGCAUAUCGAAGAUGUUAAAUCCAAACAGGAUGAAGAUCUCAAGUGGGUGGAAGAAAACAUUCCAACUUCUUUGACUGAUGUUGCACUUCCUAGUCUUCUAGAUUCUGAUGAGGAAAUUAUGACUGCCAAAUUUGAAAGGAGCAAGAUGGAAUAAAGCCUUAUUAAUGUCAUUCCUUUUCUGUGAAAAAAUGAGACCAAAUACCGUUGUAACAUAAGCAUGCUUUUCUUCCUUUUACUUUUAAAGGAUAUUUUGUACAUAGCAUCGUCAUUGUUAAAUUAUUUGUCUAAAUUAAAACGAUUACGACAAAAA